UCUCGUCAGCAAGCCGGCAUCCAGGAUUCUCUUGAAGCUGCCAAACUUGCCAGCGAGCGCUCUCGCCGUGAAGUAGAAGCCGCGAAAAGAGCCCUCAGUGACGAACAGCUGCGCGCUGCCCGACACCUAGAGACAGCUAGGGUGAAUUGGGGUCGAAUUUUUAUUUGUAUUCACCUUUAA